AUGGUUUCCUUCAAUACUAUCCUUGCUGCUGUUGCUGCCACCUCUGUUGCUGUUGCCCAGCAAAACACCCAUGCCAAUGCCUGGGUUGACGGUGCUCAUGAAUCCAUGGUUAACCACCAGCAGGUUGUUGAGACUUACAAUCGCCAAAUGGCCUCUACACCUCGCCAACCCCACAAUGCUGACCGUAUUAUUGCUGCCAUCACUGGUGCCGAUUCUCAGAUCGACAAUGCCAUUGCCACUGUUUCCCAUGCUUUGGCUCCCUUCACUGGGGGUCUUUCCCUUGCCGUUGGAAAUUUCCUUCUGGGUCCCUUUAUCCAGUCUGUCACCAAUGGUGCUGAGGUCAUGAUUGGCAAUCUCGUUGGUGGUGCAGAGGACCGCAUGCAAACUGCUGCCACCUCUUAUGCCUCUAACUUGUCCAACCUUAGAGCUCAGGCUGUUCGUUUCAAUGUUAACACCAGCCGUCUUGACCGUGCCAUCAACAACCUUCAGGGUGCUUUGGCCAAUGCUCACUAA